CUCCUAUUUAUUACUCACUCAUCCUUCAACUUAAAAAUCCUUCUUAAAUUCUUUUCAACUCAACUCUUCUUCAUCAUAAACCCUCGUCUACUUUACUUCCCUAUCAACAGAUCUCUCACAGUUUUAUUGUUUAGCUAAUUAAAGAAAUAUGUGUGGCGGUGCUAUUUUAGCUGAUAUCAUUCCUCGUAACCGCGGCCGCCGCGAAGCAGCUUCGCAGUUCUGGCCAAACGCAUGCUUCGAUAAACUCGGUUCCUUUGAGUCCUGUCUGAGCCAGGCUAGCAAUCAGGAGGAGUCAUUUACUCUCAAACGACCCCAACCCGCUUCAGGGGAUCAUGAGCAAGUGGAGAAGCCCAAUGCCAAGAGGCAGAGGAAGAAUCUAUACAGAGGUAUAAGGCAACGACCUUGGGGUAAAUGGGCAGCUGAGAUUCGUGACCCAAGAAAAGGAGUCCGUGUUUGGCUCGGUACCUUCAAUACUGCUGAGGAAGCAGCUCGAGCCUACGACAGAGAGGCUCGCAUAAUCCGCGGCAAGAAAGCCAAAGUCAAUUUUCCCAACGAAGAUGAACAUUACUCCUCUCAAAAUUCAAAUACCAAGCCUCCUAUGUACCAAACCCCUACUUGUCAUUUCUCAAAAGGUUAUGAUUUUGGGUACGGAUCUGGUAUGAAUCAGGUUGGAGCCUACUCUUCAAAUGGUUUUAAUGGCCAGCCAAUUGUCGCUUCCGGGGAGGAUGAUUCUGGGUCCGCUUCAGAGGAGGGAACAAGACUGGUGGGCAGUAAUCAGAACGUGAAGAGUAAUAUUUAUAUGGGUCAAGUGAAGCUGGAAGUGGAGGAGAAGCUAGAGAAGGUGAAGAAUAAGGAGGUGGUGGUGGAUUUGGGAACUGGAGAGGAAGAAAACGAGGUACAGAAACUGACCGAGGAGUUAAUUGCGUAUGAGAAUUACAUGAAGUUUUAUCAGAUUCCCUAUCUGGACGGGCAAUCCAUGGCACCAAAUGGUUCCACACAGGAAAACCUUGUGGCUAAUCUUUGGAACUUUGAUGAUGUUUGUGUCGCUCCUCCUGUCACAUCAGCACCUCUGUAACGGCGACGGCAGUGUCUUGUCUUUUCUUUUCUGUUUUUUCAGAUGGUUUUGUAAACGGGCAAUUGAUGAUUAAUUAUGUUUUUAUCUUUUUUGUUGUGUGAAAUAUGUCUUGUUUCAAUGAACAGGGAUUUAACUUCUUGAAUUUGCUGUGGAGAUGUAAAUCUUAUGAGUUAAUUGUCAAUCAAUAAAAUUUUUAUCCUUCCCUUCA